AUGGGAAAUAUAUUCUUAAGCCUGCUUUUUACAGUCACCCUGUUUAUUCAACUGAACAGUAAUAGUGGUGCUCGAGAUACUCUUUCGCUGGGUGCCUCGCUUACUGGAAAUCAGACAAUCAUUUCAAAGAAUGGCACAUUUGAGUUGGGAUUCUUCAGCCCAAAUGGAAGCAAAUGGUAUAUUGGCAUCUGGUAUGCCAAAAUUCCAGAGAAGACGUAUGUUUGGGUGGCCAACAGGGAGACUCCAGCGAGAAACCGGUCAGGCGUUUUGAAGCUGUCACGAGAAGGUAAUCUGGUAUUGUUCGAUGCAGAGGGCGCAUCUCUUUGGUCAGUCAACACAACAAACAAGGCCUUCCGAGCUGUGAUAUUGGAUUCUGGUAAUUUUCUAAUUCUGACCGAUGGCAAUAAAUCUGAAACUGUUUGGGAGAGUUUCGAGAAUCCUGUAGAUACCUUGUUGCCCGGGAUGAGGUUCGGUGGACAGCAAAAGUUAGUCUCUUGGAAAAGCUCAUUGGAUCCUGCUCCUGGGCUUUUUGCCCUACACAUGGAUCCGUCUGGUGCAAAACAAUUUGUUCUGACAUGGAACAAUUCUGUACACUAUUGGACGACUGGAACUUGGGACGGCAAAAUUUUCAGUGGAAUUCCAGAAAUUGCAGACAAACAACUUUUCAAUGUCAGCGUUGAAGGUAAUAGCUCUGGUUUGUAUUUCACUUAUAUGUUGGUUCCUAACUUCAAUGCACUCGCAAGAAAUCUUCCGCUCUGCAGCUGCGAUGAAGGCUUCAAACCCACAGACGAUCGCGCCUGGCUUUCGCAAGAUUGGGCGUCCACUGGCUGUGUUCGGCAGAGCCCGUUAAACUGCAGCACUGACCGAUUCAUGGACAAUGGUGUAACUUUGCCUGAUGAUGAGGCUUCCUCAUACGCUGCAUCCACAAAGAAAGAUUGCCAGGAAGCCUGCCUCCGCAACUGUUCGUGCACCGCGUUUGCUUUCAAUCCGCCUUCAGGGGCGUGCCAAGUCUGGUCUGGAGAUUUGCUAAACAUGCGCAACUCUACUCCAUCAAAAAUCAAUUCAAAUGUCUUCAUUAGAGUAGGUGCUUCUCAACUUUCAAUGAAAAGCAAAACCACAAGUAUUGUAGGCGUCGUGCUGGGUAUCGUUGUUGCACUCACCGUUGCCCUGGGUAUCUGUUCAGUAUUAAUUUGGCGGAGGCAUCAGCAGCGGUCGAUGGACAGGCCUGCAGAUUCCUCGGACUCUUUUCUGAGAAUGUUUAGUUACAAGGAGUUGAAAAUUGCAACAAGGAAUUUCAGGUCUAAGUUGGGGAGCGGAGUAUCCGGCUCAGUGUUCAAAGGAUCUCUACAAGACGGUACGCUUGUGGCCGUUAAAAACAUGCAGGGGUCAAGACAAGAUGAGAAACAAUUUCGGGCGGAAAUCAGUUCUCUGGGAAACAUACAUGUGAAUUUGGUCAGGCUGCGAGGGUUUUGUGCACAAGGAUCAAAACGGUUACUGAUUUAUGAUUACAUGCCCAACGGAUCUCUCAAUUCCCUCCUGUUCACAAGUAAUUCCACGAGUAAGAAAAAGGUGCUCGACUGGAGGACCCGAUUUGAGAUUGCAUUAGGCACCGCCAGAGGCGAUGUGAAGCCCGAAAACAUUCUGCUGGACGGUGAUUUAUCACCGAAGUUGGCCGACUUUGCGUUGGCAAAGCUUAUGGGUAGAGAUUUAAGCCGCGUUCUAACCACUACAAGAGGAACGAGAGGUUACUUGGCUCCAGAAUGGAUCUCUGGUCUUCCCAUCACUCCCAAAGUUGAUGUCUACAGUUUUGGUAUGACACUCUUGGAAAUCAUUUCUGGGCGAAGAAAUCUAGACUUAACCGUGCAAGAUUCAAGUUUGUAUUAUUUUCCCCCGUUUGCUGCAACUCAAAUUCAACAGGGGAAGACGAUUAAUAUUGUUGAGGAGGGUAUUGCAGAGGCGGCAGACAUGGAAGAGGUGGGAAGAUCGUGUGUUGUAGCAUUGUUACGCAUUCAAGAGGAUGACGAAGUGAGGCCCAGUAUGAGACAAGUGGUGCAAAUGCUGGAAGGGAAGAUGGAGCCUUGA